GCAUGUCGUCAGACGGCGCCGUGCGUGCGUGUGAGUGAGGAGGCGGCGCGGCUGGGAGGUCACGUGGUGUCAGAGCGGAGGAGCCGCAGAGUUGUACUUUGUAAAUACUGUUAUUUGUAUAUACUGUAAAUGAUGACCUCGGUGGCCACAAACCGCGCCCGGGGUAACUGGGAACAGACACAGAAUCAGACGCAGCACAAGCAAAGGCCACAGGCCACCGCAGAGCAAAUCAGACUUGCACAGAUGAUUUCAGAUCAUAAUGAUGCAGACUUUGAGGAAAAAGUAAAACAGCUAAUUGACAUCACAGGAAAGAACCAAGAUGAGUGCGUUAUCGCAUUGCACGACUGCAAUGGGGACGUCAACAGAGCCAUCAAUGUCUUGUUGGAGGGAAAUCCAGACACUCAUUCGUGGGAGAUGGUGGGAAAGAAAAAAGGAGUUUCGGGACAGAAGGAAGUGGGACAGACUGAGCCCAGUGAAGAGGGGCGAGAGAACCGAGACAGAGAGCGAGAUUACAGCCGGAGACGCGGAGGAGCUCCCAGGAGAGUCCGAGGGGCCAGCCGUGGCAGAGAGUUCCGGGCACAGGAGAAUGGCUUGGAAGGUGGCAAAACUGGUGGUUCAUCUGGCCGAGGCACAGAACGGGGAAGGCGGGGUCGCGGAAGAGGCAGAGGAGGCUCUGGAAGGAGAGGAGGUCGCUUUUCUGCUCAAGGCAUGGGGACAUUUAACCCUGCGGAUUAUGCUGAGCCUUCCAAUGCCGAGGAUAGCUAUGGAAACAGCAGCACAUGGAAUAAUACAUCCAACUUCGAGCCUGACGAUGGAACAAGACUUGAUUACAUUGGGGGUGAGGGGUCAAAUUAUCCCCGAAAAUUUUCCACUGCUCCUGGUAUGACACAUCCAGGUGCCUGGAGGACAGCCACAGAAGAAUGGGGCACAGAGGACUGGAAUGAAGAUCUUUCAGAGACCAAGAUUUUCACAGCUUCUAAUGUAGCAUCUGCGCCUCUUCCUUCUGAAGGUGUCACGAUCACUGCUGGGCAACGGAUUGACUUGGCUGUAUUGCUGGGGAAGAGUCCUUCAUCUCUGGAAAAUGAGUCAUCCGGUCUUGAGUCUUCUCAAAAUGCCACCUUAUCACAGCCUCUUGUGUUCAGCAACUCCAAGCAGAGUCCAAUCUCCCAGCCUAGCCCUGUGACCAGCUUCUCUCAUCACAACAUGGUCAGCAUGUUGAGUAAGAGCUUUGGUGAUGGGGAGUCCAAAGGUGGCAGCACCACCGGCUCUCAGUUUCUAGAGCAAUUUAAGACGGCUCAAGCCCUGGCCCAACUGGCUGUGCAGCAUUCCCAGUCCGAAGCCACCAGUAGCACCUCAUGGGACCUUAGUUCUUCAACGCAGUCUCCCUCUCUUGGUCAAUAUGAACUGAAAAGCUCUUCGGAUCCAUUCAACAAACGCCAAGGCUUCCCUCCAGCCUCUGCAAUGAUGGAGGCUUACCUGCAGGAGAAGACGCCUGCAGUCAAUGUGCAAUCAGCCGUACCAGUGUGCCCGUCCUCACCUCUGCCCGUAAAGCCCAAUUCUGCUCAACAAAUGUCCCCAGGGUCAUCUGAAAUGCAGUCUGGCAGCCCACAGCCAGCCCAGCAAAAAAUGAAGCAACAGAAAAAGAAGGCUUCUCUAACAUCUAAGAUUCCAGCUCUUGCUGUGGAAAUGCCUGGGUCAUCUGAUAUCUCUGGUCUCAACCUGCAGUUUGGGGCCUUGCAGUUUGGCUCCGAACCAGUUCUACCAGAGUAUGAGAAUUCUCCCUCAACCAACGUGGCUGUGAGUCAAACUCAGAACAGCUUGUACAUCAGCCCCUCAAGUGAAUCAUCCAGCUCUGUGGUGACUAAUCAGAGCUCGGAGUCUGUUUAUCAGGGCAGCAGUUCACAGCCCGCAACGUUUACCUCUCAGAGCAGCUCACAGGGUCCUCUUUACGAACAGAGGGCCACACAGACCCGACGCUACCAGAACCCCAUCUCCUCCUCAUCCUCUUCCUCCCCACAGAAGGAGCUUAGCCAGUCAAAGAAUGGCUUCAGCUCUGUUCCAGCUGCCACAUUGCAGGCAUCUGUAUCAGUGGAAGUUCCCUCUGCAACUUCUGUAAAGGCAGAUUCACCCUCUGCCAGCAGCAUAGUUACUCUCAGUGACUCCGCAUCUUCUUUACUGACUACCGCUGGGCCACACUCUUCCCAGAUGAGCACCCUGAGUCACACCGAAGAUCUGCCAAACCCCAGCGUCAGCACACAGCUCAGCAGUACGUUAUCUUCACAGCAUCAGACCUCUGUACCAAUCACAGUGAGGACGCCUGUGUCUACUCCCCUGCAUACGAAUGUGGAAAGUGAAACUAGCUUGCACUCCUCCGUUACCACCUACUCCACCGCCUCCAGCAAUGUUCCCACCGCUCCCCCGGCAUCUUCCUCCUCUAGCCUGAAUGUCAGCAGUUUGGGGCUUGGGCUGAGCAGUAGCUCCAACAUCGUCCCAUCCACGCGGAGCUCCAUCGCUACCACAUCAGGUAAAGCACCUCCAAAUCUUCCCCCCGGAGUUCCACCGCUAUUACCAAACCCAUACAUCAUGGCUCCUGGUCUGUUACACGCGUAUCCCCCACAGGUUUAUGGUUACGAUGACCUGCAAAUGCUGCAGACAAGAUUCCCCUUGGAUUAUUACAGUAUCCCGUUUCCCACACCCAACACUCCACUCACCGGAAGGGAUGCCAGCCUGACAAGUAACCCUUACUCAGGAGAGCUUGCCAAGUUCGGCCGAGGAGACACUUCUUCCCCUGCUCCAGCAACAACGCUGGCACAACCCCAGCAAAGCCAGACGCAAGGUCACCAUACAACGCAACAAACAUUCCUUAAUCCGGCCCUGCCACCCGGAUACAGCUACACCAGUCUGCCCUACUACACCGGGGUACCGGGUCUACCCAGCACUUUCCAGUAUGGGCCCGCCGUAUUCCCAAGCCUCCAGGGGAAUGAUACUGCAGCAGAGACUCUCCUAUAUCUGGCAGGCACACUCCAGGUGGCUCCUACCUCCUCAAAACAGCACGGGGUGAAUGUUGGUGUCAACACAUCAGCUGCUGCCUUCCAGCAAGCUCCAAACUACGGGUCACAUGGGUACAGCACUGGCUUUGAUGACUUGUGCCAGGUUUCCAGCGUGGGGGAUUUCUGUAAGGGUGCAUUUAGUGGGGCUUCUGCUGCUCAGAAUAAACCUGCUGCUGCUUCCACCAAUGGACCAGGCGCUGGUGUGUCGGUCACCUCUAGCAACACGGGAGUGCCUGAUAUCUCUGGUUCUGUCUAUUCUAAGACACAGCAAUCUUUCGAGAAGCAGGGAUUCCACACUGGCACCCCAGCCACGUCCUUCAACCUACCCUCGGCCCUAGGAAGCGGGGGACCCAUCAACCCAGCCACAGCGGCCGCCUACCCCCCAGCUCCAUUCAUGCACAUCCUAGCUCCGCAUCAGCAGCCGCAUUCCCAGAUCCUACACCACCACCUCCAGCAGGAGGCUCAGGGUGGCGCUGGACAGCGGACCCAGGGAGCAUCUAUGCCACAGAAGUCUCAGCCCAGCAAAUCGGCGUACAGCAGUUAUAGUUGGGGGAGCAACUAACCGUCGGAGUCGCUCCCCUGCACUCCCCAAAGAACACUGCGUGACAGAGAAGACAUAGGAGCAAUGCACACAAUGUCAAAACAAAGUUCCCUUUUCUGCGCCCAUUUAGGGCCCAAAUGGCUCUCUCCAUUCUUCUCGUUAUAUGUAAUAUAGAAUUUGUAUUUUUUUUCCUCCUCGUUUUCUGCAGUCGAAGUAUGAAUCGUUCGCUAUUUUAGGAGAGGGCCGUUCUUUAAUUUUGUUUUAUGGUUUUUUUUUUUUUCCUUUAUUACCUCUUUUUGCAGAGGUAACAGGGGAAACACAGGCCCCUUCUAGGAGCGAUCUCUGUAUACCUAGGAUGGAUUGCUAUGAAACCUGCAUUGUAUGAAUAAUUAGUUGACGUGUUUUUUUUGUACUGUGUUCUAAAUUUAAUGCAUAAAUGUGUCUUGUAUAUAUAAAAGAAAAACACAGCUGCA